GGGUGGCGGUGCAGGUUCCCGGGGAGUCUUGGGACGGUCAUGGCCGCCGAGCCAGCGAGGCAGUGGACUGAGGAGCAGCUGAGGAGUGAGGAUGUGGCGAAGAAAGAAAUUAUCCAGUUCCUGCAGCAGAGCGCCUCGGAGCCGUUUCUUGGUGAACAUAAGUUAAUGGGAAACGUCAAGAAUGUUGCCAAGACUGCAAAGAAGGAGCAGCUAAUAGCUGCCUACAACCAACUUUUUGAAACUAAGAGGUUUAAAGGUACUGAAUGUGUGGAUAAAGUGACUCAGCAGCUUAAAGAUGUGAAGCUCGGGACUGCUCAGGACAAAGCAAAGGCCAAGAAACCUGAAGUGACUGCAAGUGAGGAACCACCAAAAUAUACCAAAUCCAUUUUGCAGAAAGGAGACAAAACCAACUUUCCCAAGAAGGGUGACACUGUCCACUGUUGGUACACAGGAUCAUUAGAAGAUGGGACUAUUUUUGACACAAAUAUUGCUUCUAGUUCCAAAAAGAAAAAAGCAACAAAACCUCUGAGCUUCAAAGUAGGAAUUGGAAAAGUUAUUCGAGGGUGGGAUGAAGCACUCUUGACCAUGAGUAAAGGGGAAAAGGCCCAGCUACAGAUUGAAUCUGACUGGGGAUAUGGUAAGAAAGGAAAGCCAGAAGCCAAAAUUCCACCAAAUGCUAAACUAAUAUUUGAAGUUGAGCUAGUGGACAUUGAGUAACUUGAAUGCAACACCUUGAGCUGAAUGCUUCAAAACACUGCCUUUGAAUUGGCCAAUGUUGUUUUACUGAAAGUUCCUUCUUAAUCUUGUUAAAUAAAGUAUGCAGCUUAAGAACAA